AUGUCAUCGUGUGUAGGAUUAUUGAUAAUCGGUGUGAUAUUUCACAUCGUUUAUUUAUUUAGUAUCUUUGAUAUUUAUUUUACUUCACCUCUUGUUCAUGGCAUGAAACCUCAUAAAAGCUCCUUUGAUGCACCUGCCGAUCGACUUGUUCUCUUUGUAGGUGAUGGCUUAAGAGCUGACAAACUUUAUGAAUUAGAUGAAAAUGGUGAAACGAGAGCACCUUAUUUACGCAACAUUAUUAAUGACCAUGGUGCUUGGGGUAUAUCACAUACUCGUGUACCUACUGAAUCAAGACCUGGCCAUGUCGCUAUCAUCGCUGGUUUUUAUGAAGAUGUGAGUGCAGUUACAACAGGCUGGACAAUGAAUCCUGUUAACUUUGAUUCGGUCUUUAAUCAAUCCCAACACACUUGGUCUUUUGGUUCUCCUGAUAUUUUACCUAUGUUUCAACAGGGUGCAAGUGAUCCGAAUAAAAUAGAGACAUUCAUGUAUCCACCUGAAUAUGAAGACUUCUCUGGAGAGGCUUCAAAAUUAGAUCUUUGGGUAUUUGAUCAUGUUCGACAUCUUUUUCAAAAUGCAACAGUUGAUCCCGAAUUAAAUGCAAAAUUGCGUCAAAAAAAAAUCGUCUUUUUCCUUCAUUUGCUUGGUUUGGAUACAAAUGGUCAUGCAUUUAGACCAAUGUCAAAGGAAUACUUGAAUAAUAUUAAAUUAGUUGAUCAAGGAAUUAAAGAAAUAGUAGAGUUAAUUGAAGAAUUCUAUGGUCAUGAUGGUCGUACUAGUUAUAUCUUUACAGCUGAUCAUGGAAUGAAUAAUAGAGGUGGUCAUGGUGAUGGACAUCCUGAUAAUACUCGUACUCCUAUUAUUGCUUGGGGUGCUGGCGUCCGUAAACCGAUUACUUCAGGAUUAGGUCAUGAUGAGUUUUCUGCAAACUGGGAUUUAUCUCAUAUUCAACGUGAUGAUAUUCUUCAAGCUGAUAUUGCGCCUUUGAUGGCACAUUUGAUUGGCACUCCUCUUCCUGUGAAUUCUGUAGGUGAAUUACCUUUAAAUUACUUGGAAGCUGACGAGAUGAUAAAGGCUGAAGCUGCAUUUACAAAUGCUCGACAAAUCUUAGAGCAAUAUCAAACAAAGCAUAAUGAAAAGGAGAAACAUGAGUUGUUUUUUAGACCUUUCCAACCUUUGUCUGGUGAAAACGAUCCUCUUUUGUUUAUUUCAGACAUUCAAACUUUAAUUAAUAACAAAGAGUAUAAACUUGCUGAAGAAAAAUCCAGAAGACUCAUGUCUCUUUCUCUUGAAGGUUUACGUUACUUCCAAACAUAUGACUGGCUAUUCUUGAGAGGUGUUGUUACUGCAGGCUAUAUUGGAUGGUGUAUUUUUUGUCUUCAGUUUGUUCUUAAACACUUUGUUUUAUCAUCACCAUCACAAACCACUGUCAAAUCUCGCAUCAUGGUUAAUUUAUUUUCUUUCUUAAUUCUAGGCGGGCUUUACAGUAUGCUAUGGAUUCAAAGAAUGCCAAAAAUGUAUUAUGCCUAUGUGUUCUUUUCUAUCUUUUUCUGGAAUCGCGUUUUCACAAACUGUCGUGUAUUAUUUGAAGCAUUACGUUUGAGCUUGAAGAAUGGAUACAUGCGUUUUGUUCUGAUCGUUAUUUCUACUUUACUCUUCUUGGAAGCAUUGGUAUAA